GCCGACCCGAUGACGCUAUGACUAUAUCAUGCUGCGAACUGGACGCGGACCACUGCGAUCAUGGCUCAAGACCCUCAGUGUGCAGUCCACCUACGGAGCGCGGGCCUCAGAUGGGGCAAAGCCCAAUGACAGCGCCGCCGUUAAAACAGCGAGCCCACUUGACAGGCUGAUGUUCACGGCCAAAUGUCAUCUCUCCUGUCCAAUGCUCGUGUAGCCCGUGCACGGGAGGACAGCUCGCGUACUUAUCGCCCGAGACCACCCAAGUGUGUACAAGGGCGAAGGAAGACUGGGGUCUUCCCACUUGCAGCCUAUGGCACUCUGAGCUGUGCGACGCACGAACAUGAAGCUGAGACUCACAUGCCACGCAGGGACAUGAUAUCCCACUCUUCCCUCGCGCCCAGUCUCGAUACAGAGUUACAUCCUCCCUGGACGUGUUGUGAUAAGAUUUGCCGGACAUCCGAAUGAUGCAGGGAAUACGGCGUGGCUUAGCUUCGACUGCAGCAGCACACAAAGACCGACGGCAAGCGUAUUGUGCGGUAAUCCAGCGCACUUGCUUGAAGCGUCAAGAGAUGCUAGUAGUAAGUAGUCAGUCGAUCCUUAGAAUCGGAUCGCCACGUGAUCGAAUACCAUUU